CUGGCUCGCGACAGCUCAGCUCAGCUCAGCUCGAGCGCACUCUAUUAAUUCAUCAGCAGAUCUGCGCGCGCACGGAGCAAUAAAAAACACCUGAUUGAGAAAAUGCUGCAGGCAGAGUUUGAGAAGAUUGCAGCCGACGUAAAGAAGGUGAAGAGCAGGCCAUCCGACCAGGAGCUACUUGACAUCUAUGGCCUCUACAAGCAGGCAGUUGUUGGCGAUAUUAACAUCGAUGCACCUGGGAUGGUGGAUUUGAAAGGAAAAGCUAAAUGGGAUGCCUGGAAUUCCAGAAAAGGCAUGUCCACAGAAGAUGCCAUGACUGAAUACAUCUCCCUGGCUAAGGAAGUCAUAAAUAAAUAUGGAAUGUGAUUCUUUCUUCUUCUUUUUUUACUCACUGGAAUAGAUUUGCAUGCAAGACCAAAAUAUUGGACACUUGCACUGAUAGAGGAAAUCUUUGUCAUGUUGCAGUUAAUGUUACUCUGAUAAGUUUUUGUGUUUCUCAAUUUUAACAAUGAAAUCUUUAACAGUAAUCUUUACUGUAAGCUCCAAGUAUAGCGUGUUUGUUUUUGCAUGUAAAAUAAUAAAAUAACAGGUACA